CUUUGUCGGUAUUACUUGUCCUCAUUUAUGUUAUAAAAUUGCUACGGAUUCUCCGUCUACUUGCUUGAUGGGGGUUCCGGAACCCCGCUUUUUAUUCCCCGCUGCUGUCACGGCAUCGCCGCUCGACGAGAAGUACCAAUGUCGUGAUAAACCCCCAUUGCCUCGUCGCCUUGUUUGAAUUAAAUGCCAUGUCUUCCUCCAAGAUGGCAGAAUCAUCUAAUAAGACCGUUAAGCAUUCGCUCAACGAUGACUAUGAUCUAUUGAAACCAAUCACCUCCACAUCUGGUCUCCGCCAGGGGUUAACAUCUUAUGGCGAUGCUCACUUCUCGCUAUUUCUCCGAAAGGUGUUUAUUAAGGCACUUGGCUAUAGCGAAGAUGCUCUUUCAAGGCCAAUUAUCGGUAUAAUUAAUACAUACUCCGCUCUGAACCCAUGCCACUCAAAUAUCCCACAACUCAUCGAAGCAGUUAAACGUGGUGUUCAUCUUAAUGGCGGACUGGCAGUUGAAUUCCCCACGAUCUCGAUCGCCGAGUCCUUUUCUUCGCCCACGAGCAUGUUUCUCCGGAAUUUGAUGAGCAUGGACACUGAAGAAAUGAUCAAAGCCCAACCGCUAGACGCAUGUAUCAUGAUCGGAGGAUGUGACAAAACUGUGCCCGCCCAACUAAUGGGAGGGAUCUCAGCAAACAAACCGGUUCUACCAUUGGUGACUGGGCCCAUGAUGCCAGGAAGCUACAGAGGAAAACGCCUUGGCGCAUGUACGGAUUGCCGCAGUAAUUGGGCCGAGUUUAGAGCUGGCACCCGUGAUAUUGAAGACAUUAGCAUGCUCAAUGAAGAACUGGCACCCACGGGUGGAACGUGUGGUGUAAUGGGGACAGCAAGCACGAUGGCCUGUGUCACCGCGGCGCUGGGCUUCAUGCCACUUCGAGGAGCAUCAGCUCCUGCGGUAUCAUCAGCACGCCUUAGGAUAGCAGAGGAAACAGGUGCGAAUGCAGUUUCGGUUGCCGCAGCUAAACGCACCCCGCAAGAAAUGCUAUCCAAGGAAUCCUUUUUCAAUGCUAUUACUGUUCUUCAGGCCAUUGGAGGAUCAACAAACGCUGUGGUUCACCUGAUGGCGAUCGUGAACCGCCAUCCAGAACUCCAAGGCGAAAUUACGUUGGAAACGUUUGACGAAAUUGGAAGAAAGGUACCUUUACUGAUCGAUUUAAAACCCAGUGGGGAUAAUUACAUGACCGAUUUCCAUAAUGCGGGUGGUAUGCUAGCCUUGCUCUAUAUGCUACGACCCGUACUACAUCUUCAGGCCAUGACAAUCACCGGCCAGACUCUAGGGGAAGUUCUCGAUACCUCGCCCUUUCGAUCAUUUACGUUUUCCUCUGAGAUCAUCCGACCAUUCUCUAACCCUCUAUACCCAAGCUCAUCAUUGGUAGUUUUACGUGGAAAUUUGGCGCCGAAAGGUGCUGUCAUGAAAGCCUCGGCAUCGAAAGACCGACGUCUUCUGCAACAUUCAGGCCCCGCUGUAGUUUUCAAGAACUCCAUCGAUCUCGCACAACGCAUCGACGAUCCAGAUCUUGUCGUCACUAAAGACUCCGUCUUGGUGCUCCAAGGAAUUGGGCCAAUUGGCAACCCGGGCAUGCCGGAAGCAGGAUUGAUCCCUAUUCCUAGGAAACUAGCCAUGGCAGGUGUAACGGACAUGUUACGCCUUUCUGACGGGAGAAUGUCGGGGACAGCUGGCGGUACGAUCGUCUUACAUAUUUCUCCUGAAUCGGCGAUACCGACUUCGGUUCUUGGGGUCGUAAGGAACGGCGACAUUAUUGUCUGUGAUGUUGAGAGACGGUACAUUGGGCUUGAGGUUGACCCGAACGAAAUCCAACAACGAAUAGCUGAACGGCAGAUACUUGUAUCAGCAGAACGUGAUACUAGUGCGGGUGAAGUGGCGAAGAAGCGGGAUCCUGCAAAACGUGGAUAUAGGGCUUUAUACGAACGUCACGUUAAUCAGGCUGAGGAUGGAGCCGAUUUCGACUUUUUGACCGCCGCUGGCCAAGAUAUAGCAUAGUAUAAGGUCUACUAACGUAUGUAUGUGAUAUGCAAGUCGGAUAGACAAGCGGGUUGGUCAAAAGGUAGGACGACGCCAUACUUUAAGUGAAUAAUAG